UUUUUUUUGAUGAUUACAUUAGAGGACUGUGCUUUUAUUUUGAAAGGGGUCCGUAAAACCGGAAGUUAGCUUAACACACAACGGUCCGUAAAACCGGAAGUUAGCAAGAAAACGUUGGAAGAGAAACUGAUUAAAGGACCACGGAAAGUCAUAUAAAUGUAAAGUUUAAAGCAUCAGUCAAUUGAGGAACAAGCUCUUACGUUGGUUGGAGGCACGGAUGGCUCAAAUAAACCUUUCAACCACUAGUUCUGGCCUUUUCUAAUUGCACUGGAUGCUACAGUAAGAGCUUGACCGCCGCCACAGCUGCACAAUGUGGUCUCAAGGUGUCAACUGCAGUCCGGCAGUACCCACAACGUCCAGCAGAUGGCAGAAGUUGGUCAGAAAAUAAAUGGAUCAAAGAAAACAGCUCGAAAUGAAAAGUUUACAGGCAGCAACAGUAAGUCAAACAGACAUAAAUGAACAAAUCUCGAGUUUACAACAAGAAAUUCAAGAUUUAAAGCACUCAUUUCAAAAUGAAGGUGAGGACAGACAAGACAUUAAAGAUUCAAUCAAAUGCAAAGAACAAAUGUUAAGUGAGUUGCAAGAUAAAGGUCAAAGCAUGUCAGAUUUACCAAGACGUUCAGAAAGAGUUAAAGUUCAAACUGAGAAGAUGAUGACAUGUCAAAAGGAAGAAAUAAUUAAAAAGGAAAAGAGACUAAUACAUUUGUAUGAAAAAUGGAAAAUGCAAGUUCGCGAAACAAGAGAAAGCUUAAAGUCAGAUAUCACAGAAAAGGAGAUGGCUGAACUUGCAGACUUGAUAGAACAAAAGAGAGAUGAUGUCCUAAAGCUCUACUCUGAAAUAAGAAACCAAAUGGCACCAUCAUCUGACAUAAGGAGAAGGACCGAUGCUUGUGAUGCAGUAACUCAUGACAUGGUAAAAAUAAUUCUGGAAAGAAUAAGUGGUGUUGAUGGAGAUUUUGAUGCAGAGCGUGAAAGAAUUCGCUUACGUGGAGUUUUAGAGCAUGACUACGCCUUGUCCAUAUACGGGUCAACCGCAGCAUCAAAUCACAGCCAACAGUCCUCAGCUUCACACCUUACUGCAAAAAGAGCCGAUGCAGCGGCAGAACUAGCAGCUAAAAUGGCUGAGUUUGAGAUUGAAAAAGAGGAGCAAAGACAACGAGAAAAAAUAAGAGCUCUAGAGGAGGAGCACAAAAAACAAAUGGCAGCUCAAACAUCUGAGAUGGAACGUUUAAAGGCGCAGAAGGAAGUGAAAGUAGCUCGAGCCAGGUUUGAAGCAUAUGACAGAGAGUUAGCACGUAUAAGUGAUGCGCAGUCAAUAAAAGGUGAACAGGUGAGCCAAAGCUUCACACCCCAACAGAUCAUACCAACACUCUCCUUCAUGCCAGAGCAAAUAGCACCCUCUAGUGUUAGUCAACUAGCACAAGCAGUUCAAGACAGCAUAAAAAUGAACAAACUUCCCACACCAGAACCAACAGUGUUUAGUGGUGAACCAAUAAGCUUUAUUGAAUGGAAAUCCACAUUUACAUCACUCAUUGAACAAAAGAGCAUCUCAGCAGCAGAUAAACUGUACUACCUGAAACGAUAUGUGACUGGCCCAGCCCGCAAAUGUCUUGAAGGAACUUUCUUUAGAAACGAUGAAGAAGCAUAUAAGGAUGCUUGGGACAAACUAAACCGAAGAUACGGCCAGCCAUUUGUAAUACAGAAGGCCUUUAGAGAAAAGUUAUCUAACUGGCCAAAAGUGCAGCCCAGAGAUGCUGAAGGACUAAGGACAUUCGCAGAUUUCAUAAAUGCAUGCAUGCUCGCGAUGCCACACGUAAAAGGCCUACAAAUACUUGACGACUGCGAAGAAAAUCAAAAACUGUUGCACAAGCUACCAGACUGGAUAAAUGCCAGAUGGAACAGACAAGUUACAAAGACAUUAAUGGAAGGUGGUGAGUUUCCAAGCUUCAGUGAUUUUGCCUCCUUCCUCUCCUUAGAAGCAGAAGUCGCUUGUAACCCAGUCACCUCCAUUCAUGCACUCCACUACACUGAAACAAACAGCGAUAAAAGAAACACAAAGGACAUCAAAAGGAACAAGGCAAGUGUAUUAAACACAAACACAAUUGAACAAAGUGACAAACAGACAACAACAAAAACAGCUAAUGGCUCUCCAUGCAUGUUGUGCCAGGGUGCACACCAGCUCCAAAAGUGCCCAGACUUCUUGAAGAUGUCUCUAGAAAAUAGAAAGAAACAUGUGAAAGAUAAUAAACUUUGUUACGGCUGCUUAAAGCAAGGACACAGUGCUAAGGACUGCAGACGCCGCCACACUUGCGAAACCUGCUCAAAGAGACACCCAACCUGUCUUCACGAUGAUAACUAUAGUAACAGUCGACAAAGAGAAACACGAGUGAGUACAGACAAUGCCUCUCACAGGCACCAGGCUGAAACAGCAACAGCCACAUCACUUAAUGUUGCCAGAUCUGACCAGACAAUCAGCACUUCGAUGAUUGUUCCAGUGUGGCUGUCGACGGCUAACAAUCCGGACAAAGAAAAACUGGUCUAUGCGUUAUUAGACACACAGAGUGACACUGUCUUCAUUGAUCAGGAUGUUGCACAUGAAUUACAAGCAAAUGUUUGUCCAGUAAAGCUGAAACUAACUACCAUGAUGGAUAAAAAUGCAGUUGUAAUCAGUGAAAGGGUGUCCGAUCUCAUAGUAAGAGGUUAUGACUCAGACACAGUCAUAAAGCUCCCCACUGCAUACACUAGGGACUACAUACCUGCAAACAGAGAGCACAUUCCAACAUGUGACACGGCCAAAAAGUGGAGUCAUUUGCUGCCUAUUGUAGAUGAGGUUCCUCCACUCCUAAGCUGUGAAGUAAGUCUUCUCAUAGGUUAUACUUGUCCUAGAGCUCUCGCACCCAAACAAGUAAUCUUAGGCAAAGAUAACGAGCCCUAUGCCAUUUAUACAGAUUUAGGAUGGAGCAUAGUCGGCAACUCAGCACCGUGCAAUGAAACAGACAUGACGAGCAGUCUCUGUCAUCGAGUCACCAUUAAGGAAAUCCCGCCCUCCACUCCAGCAGAUGCAAUACGUGCACUGGAAAGAGAUUUCAAAGAGACUGAUAGAAAUGAAAAGACUGUCUCACAAGAGGAUUUAGUAUUCCUCCACAAACUUGAGCAAGGCAUAACACUAACUGAAAAUGGACAUUACGAAAUGCCAUUACCGUUUAAAGAAAGGCCAAAAAUGCCAGAUAACAGACAACUCACUGAAAACAGACUCAACCACCUCAAACGCAAACUCAUGAAGGAUGAAAAAUACAAAGAAGAUUACAUUAAAUACAUGAGUGACAUCAUCACAAGAGGUGAUGCUGAAGAGACUGAUGAUUAUGGACCACCCGGUGAGACAUGGUACAUACCGCACCACGGCAUCUAUCAUCCAAAGAAGCCUGAAAAGUUGCGCGUUGUUUUUGACUGUUCUGCAAAGCACAAAGGUACAUGUCUAAACGAACAUUUACUUAACGGUCCCGACAUGAUCAACAAUCUAACUGGUGUUCUUGUGCGCUUCAGAAAGCAUCAAGUAGCUCUCAUGUGCGACAUUGAAAAAAUGUUUCACCAGUUCCAAGUCAAAGAAAAUGAUCGCAACUACUUGCGCUUCUUAUGGUGGAAGGAUGGAGACAUAAACAGUCAACCACAAGCAUACAGGAUGACAGUACACCUCUUUGGUGCCGUCUCAUCACCUGGCUGUGCAAACUAUGGACUAAAAUGUUUAGCCAAAGAGAACAGCCUUGCAUAUCCUGUAGGCUCGCAGUUCAUAGCCAGAGAUUUCUACGUAGAUGAUGGAGUCACCAGCGUAGAGACUGUUCAAGGUGCUAUAAAAAUGGCAAAGGAGGCACGUGAACUAUGUGAAAAGGGUGGAUUAAGGUUGCACAAGUUUGUCUCGAACAAUACUGAUGUUCUUAACAGUAUUCCAAGUUCAGAGCAUGCAACGGAUACUAAAGCAAAGGACUUAACAUUUAAUGAAACACAAACAGAAAGGGCACUCGGCAUUUAUUGGAAUGUGGAGAAAGACUGCUUUACAUUCAACAUCACACUGAAGGAUCAACCACCAACCAGGCGUGGCAUCUUAUCCACGGUCGCAGCAAUAUAUGACCCUCUUGGAUUUAUAGCUCCAUAUGUGCUCAAAGGAAAAGGAAUUCUCCAAGAGAUGUGUCGUCAAGGAAUGGACUGGGACGACCCGCUAUCUGAACACCUUAUGCCACUGUGGGAGUGCUGGAAAGGAGAUCUGAACAAUCUGAAAAACAUGCAAAUAAGCAGGUGUUAUGUCCCUGCAGAUUUCGGAGAUGUUGUGAAAAGAGAAAUACAUCACUUUUCUGAUGCAAGUAAUACAGGAUAUGGACAAUGUUCUUAUUUCAGACUCAUAAACAAAAACAAAGAUGUUCACUGUACCUUCAUCAUGGGCAAAGCAAGGGUCUCACCCACAAAGGUCACCACAAUACCAAGGUUAGAACUUACUGCGGCAGCCGUGUCAGUCGCUGUAAGCAACAUGCUAAAAGAGGAACUGCUCUAUGACAGUGUCGAGGAGUUCUUUUGGACAGACUCAAAGGUCACCCUAGGAUACAUAAAUAACGAAGCGAGACGCUUUCACACGUUUGUUGCUAAUAGAGUGCAGAAAAUACGCAACACUACCACUCCACAACAAUGGUUUUAUGUGCCUACCAGUGAAAACCCAGCAGACUUGGCAUCCAGGGGCACAACAAUAAAUGAACUGCUUUCUUCCAACUGGCUCACAGGCCCUCAGUUCCUGUGGGAAAAGGAGAUACAUCUUCCAAGUGAAGAGACUAUCGAACUUCCAGUCGGAGACCCAGAAGUGAGAAAGGUGCAAACACUAAGUACACAAACAGUUGAACAUACAAGCCUUAGUGAUCGCCUCUUAAAGUUCUCAUCCUGGUCCCGUGCUGUAAGUGCAGUACCACGUCUCAGACGUUUCCUACUCAAAGACAAAUCAAAGACACUCACUACUGUAACCGAAAGACAAAGUGCGGAAAUGGUGAUUAUCAAAGAUUUACAAAGACAAGCAUAUCAAAAUGAAAUAGAAGCAUUAAGCAAAGACAAACAACUAUCAAAGAACAACAAAAUGAACAACUUGGACGUUUUCUUGGACAAGGACAAUGUGCUCAAGGUGGAGUAUGGGAACGACAAAUACGGACUGUGA